AUGAGCUCCCUUAGCCUCCAGCAAUCUGUGACCGGCACUGACGCUCUAGACGUCGGCAAGUUGUACAGCGUGGAGGGCCGUGUGGCUGUCGUGACCGGUGGUGGUACUGGUCUCGGCCUCGUCACUGCCACUGCGCUCGCCGAGAAUGGAUGUCGCGUCUACAUCACAGGUCGCCGCCUUGAGCCCAUCACCGAGGCCGCAAAGUUCAAGCCCCGCAAGGGAAACGGAUGCAUCGUGGCUGUUCAGGCCGACCUCAGCAACAAGGACGGAAUCCUCACCCUCGCCAGGUUUGUGUCAGAACGCGAGAAGUUUGUCAACGUGCUAGUGAACAACCAUGGCGUGUACAUGGGCCGUGCCGAGCUCAACUCUGCGGCGCAGACCGCGGAGGGCCUCUCGUCUGCCAUGUUGGAGGAAUCAUUCGAGACCUGGGGCAAGGUGUAUGACAUUCACACGACCUCGGUAUACUUUACUACUGCUGCAUUCCUCCCACUUCUGGCUGCUUCCCAGAGCGUCGGCGGGUACGCGGAACCAGGCAACGUCGUCAACAUUGCCAGCCUGAGCGGCAUCACGCGCACGAGCCAGCGUGGUCAGUUCAACUAUAAUGCGAGUAAGGCCGCCACGAUCCACCUCACCCUCAUGCAAGCUACGGAAUUUGCUCGCCGUGGUCUCGGUGUGCGCGUCAACUCACUCAGCCCGGGGUACUUUCCUUCUGGCAUGAGCGUGGCAGACUUUGAUAACGUCGGCGCCGACGCGGCAAAGCACUGGCGUGACGAGUACCGGAUCCCGUUUGGGAGGGUUGGCACUGCCAUCGACUAUGCGCAGUGCAUCAUUUCCGUCAUUGUUAAUGCCUACAUGACCGGCUCGAACAUUGUGAUCGAUGGCUCGUGGCUUGCUGAAAUGGCACCCGAACCCACAGAGGAUCAACUGUCCGCCGACUUCUUUGACGAGGCUGAAGUGGGCACCGAGGAAGCAGCGGAAUGGGAGGGAGAGGAGAUCCAGGACGGCGUGUUUGUGUCUCUUCCCACAGCUCCCAGCCCUACCGCGGGUUCGAGCAAGAACUACAGCAAUGGACGUCCGCGCAAGACACACUCUAUCAAGCACCUCAACCGCCUGUUGAGCCGCCAUCGAUCGCCAGACAUCCCCGAAACGGAGCUCGAGGAGAAGUUUGUGCGAGAGACACAAGCAGACUUUGGUUUCGCGCCCCCGCGUUCGCCGUCCUGGGCUGACACCAUUCCAGGCCGUGGCCCCGGUGGACAGGCAAUUAACAAGACCAACUCCUCCGUCUCCCUCAUCCACAUCCCCACGGGUAUCCGUGUACAGGCCCAACCGACGCGUUCCAGAGCCCAGAACCGCGUUGUCGCGCGCCAAAUCCUGAAAGAGCGGCUCGACCUCAUGCGUGUGCGAGGCGAGUUGGAAGGCGUGGACAGCGUGUUGGCGGGGCCUCGUGACGAGGUCAAGAACGUGGCUGCCGUCGAUGGUGACGUUGUUGCUGAGGAGACACCCGUCAAGGUUACUCGCAAGGAGAAGCUCGCUGUGGAAGCACGCACUUGGUCCAAGGCCGAGCUGCGUUGGGAGAAGGAGAGGAGGAGGAAGGCCAACCGCGUCAAAAAGGUUAAGCGGAGGGCCAAGGGCGAGGGGGAGGGUGAGGAGGCCGACGAGUGA